AGGAGGAGGAGCAGGAGGAGGAGGAGGAGGAGGAGGAGGAGGGAGGGAGGAAGCUGUCGCCUGUCAAAGGGGGAUCAACCUGUGCUGUCAUGGACAAAUAUCGACCAAAGAGACCCACCACCCUGGCUCUGUUCCCACAGCUGCCACAAGCCGGCACCCAGGACUCCAUCAACAACAACUCUUUAGGCAAGAAGGACAGCUGGAAGGACUCACGCUCUUCCUCCCCUCACAUCACAGGGGAUCUAACACCACCGGAUGUCCAACCCAAAGCUGAGGACAAAGUCCGGCACAGUACCCGCAGACCGGCCCCCAAACCCCCCACGGUCGCUGCAGCCAAUGGCAGAGCCCACAGCCAGACCGCCGCCGCCACGGCCGCCGCAGACGCACGGGCUCGGCCACGGGAACGACAGUCAUCAGGAGCCACACACACACAGUCCGCCGGCGCAGCGAGGAGUCAACGCAGAGGAGGAGGAGGAGGAGGAAGAGGAGGAGGAGGAGGAAGAGGGGGAGGAAGGGCAGCGAUGAGGGAGAGGAGUCUGGGAGACAUCAGAGGGAAGGAUGGAGUAACAGCCGGGAAGGAGGAGAAAAGAGCAGGCAGGCUGUGUGAAGGCAAAGAGAAAGACAAGAACGCACAUCAGAGGCCGAGGGAGGCCAAUGGACCCAAGAGUCGAAUGGCUGAUGGGAAAGGAAAAGUAGGCGCAAGGGUCGGAGGUCGAGGGGGCGGAGUCGGCGCCAAAGCAAACAUGUUGGCUCAACCUGAGGUUUAUCUGACAGCCAUGGUCGUCCCACGCACACCUGUAGCACCGAGGAACAAGGACAAGAACCAGGAACAAGGCCAAAACCAUGACAGGAGCCAGGAAAACCCCCCUGUCCUCUCGCGGUCCAGCAGCGAGGGGGGGUCAAACAGAAUGUCCCUGAGCUCAGAUACAGAGGCCCCCCCACCCGGGCCCCUGCAUCCUGCCCACCCCCACAGAACCAACCCAGACAUCAGUGAGGAGGAUGGAGAAGGAGAACCGACUCCAUGCUUCAAUGUCCACAACGGUCCACUUCACCACCUCGGAGCUGAGGAGGAGACCCACAUGGACUGUAGUAAACCUGAGGUGGAACCAGGAGGAGCAGGAGGCCACAAGGAUGAGGAGAACAACCAAGACGGUGUCACUCAGGGAGAUCCCACAGCCGGUUGGACUGUACCAAAGAGCGAAGCUACAGCCGGGUUGAGCUAUGACUCUGUUAAAUACACUCUGGUGGUCGACGAGCACGCUCAGUUGGAGCUGGUCAGCCUCAAGGACUGUUUACACAGCUACAACGAGCGCAAUGACGACAGCGAUGCAGAGACCGUCUAUCAGUCAGCCAAUGAGGAGGAAGACCCUGAGUAUGAAGAGGAGAGGAAGAGGAAGGAGGAGACAAAGAAGCAAGAGAGAAGGAAAGAGGAGGAGAAGAGGAGAAAGGAGGAGGAGGAGCUAAGGAAGAGAAGGGAGGAGGACCUGAGGAGGAGGAGGGAGGAAGAGGUGAAAAGAAGGAGGGAGGUGGUGGCGAGGAUAUGCAAACAGUCCAAGGUAACGUCGACCACAACCUCAGAGGAAGACGAGUCCAAUGGAGGAAGGGGCGGAGCUCCGCGAAGCAGGAAGUUUCUCAAUCUGUUUGGCAACGAGAGCAGCCAUUACAGCGCUACCGGUGCAGGUUCCUUUGGCGUGUUCUCCUGCCUUUUGGACGGCGUAGAGAGACAGCAGACCCACAGAGCCGUCUACAGGUUUGUCCCCCGUCAUGCAGACGAGCUGUACCUGGAGACGGACGACCCCGUGUUGAUCCUGAACCAGUGUGAGGACCUGUGGUGUCAGGGUUACAACAUGAGGACCGGAGCCACCGGCAUCUUCCCUGCAUUCUACGCCGUCAAGAUGGACAAAGAUAAUAACAAAGUCCACAAAGAUGGUUGGAUGGAACAGUUCAUGGUGCGGUUCCUGGGUUCGGUUCAGGUUCCGAUCCACAAAGGCAGCGACGUGCUGUGUGCUGCAAUGCAGAAGGUGGCGUGUAACCGGCGGUUGGCGGGUCAACCCCCGUCCCCGUGUGUCCUGGAGGUCAGUGUGAAGGGGGUGAAGAUCAUCGUCCAGGACCAGUGUCACUCUGCACACAGGGGCGACCAGUGUUUCCAUUUCUUCCAGUUAAAGAACAUCUCGUUCUGUGGAUGUCAUCCAAAACACAGCAAGUAUUUCGGUUUCAUCACCAAACACCCAGACCAACAGCGCUUUGCCUGUCAUGUCAUGAUGUCAGAGACAACUCUACAUCCUCUGGCUGAAUCUGUCGGGAGGGCGUUCCAGCAGUAUUACAAGGAACAUAUUGGCUACUCGUGUCCCACCGAAGACAUCUUCAUUGAAUAACACCCGUCCCAUGUCCCACAUUAUGUACUGACUUGUCACUGCGUGCAUGUAAGUCUGGUCUGGUGCCUCAGACUGGACCACUGCUACAGUAUUACCUUUGUCAGACUAUUUGCAUGGUGGAUUUCUGUUUUCUUAGCUGCGUCCAGUGAUACAGCGAGCUUUUCCUUCCUUUGGCCAUGUCACAUAUAAAUACCUCUAUGAAUGGAUGGGAUUACAUGAGACCUACCCGAAAUCAAACAUCACAUAUGGAUGCAUUUUAUUGGCUUUCAAAUGAUGACCCUAUACAUUAUAGCACACAGAUACUGGAUGUAAGGAGAGCCCUACGUACAUCUAGUGUGUCAAAGGCUUUACAUGAGGAGUCGGUUUAAUGACAGAAGGUUUAGAAAUAAACCUUAAGUACAUUUUGAGUUUGUGUCCAGUGCCAGCACUUGGUUUAGUUCAGAAUCCACAUAUAGACCUAUAAGAUCAGGAGUAAACCAGUAAAAUAAUUACGUAAUAAUAUAUAAAUAAUGGCAACUCCAAAGUUUUCUCUAUGGUUUAAAGUGAAAAAAGUA